CUGACUGACAUGGAGUAACGUUGGACUGACUACCCGCCUGUGAUGCCCCCACCGAGGAGCAAAUCUCAAAGCGACAGCUAACGCUAGCUUAGUCCGCUAACUGUAGAGAGCACAUAAGAAACUACCGCUAGUCGCCUUGGCUAGUGUCGGUGGAGUUCCACUGAACCAAAGCCACGACGCCACAGAUUGAUUCGUAUUGCAGACUAUCAGACAACCACGGAGGCGUCGACUGUUGACCGGCGAUGGACGCGAAUACCGUGACUGUGAUGAAGGCACCGGAGCAACCACAGAUGCCAGAAAGCAGCCAGCUGAGCUGUACACUGGGGCCAAGAGGGAAGUGCCAGAGCAGCUGCCAAACAACCCCAAAGAGCAUAUUGAAUAUGAAAUUGGUUUAGGAUCAGACCCUUGCCACCAAUUAGAUGGAACAAACAACACAGUUACCCCAGGCUUUGUAAAAACUGGACCAAAAGAAGAUGAUGUGAACAUGUUCUCUACCGCUGACCUGUGUCACAUUCAAGUGGCAGAGUGCAGCCCGGACUCUUCAGCCACUGUCUCAGAUGAGGACAUGAAUCAGGAACAUGAGGGCGGUUCCUUAUUGGACUUGACUGCAACCACAGAACCCUCCCAGCUGUCCAGUAGUGAAGAAAGUGGAAGUGAAAGUCUGGAAACUCUGAAAUGUAAAGAUAUGCCUGAGACAACGAAAUGGAAGAAGCCACAGGACCUGCAGAAAACCGUGUUAGAAUUACCAAGGAUGAUGCCCCUCAAACCAUUAACUGCACCAACUGACUCCCAGUCUUUUUUGGCAAGGCUCACUGAAGCCUAUAAGGAUCUUCCAGAUGACCAGAAGCCUGUGAUAACCAAAAUGGGCCUCACAGCAGAUGUGGAAUUGGUGGACUGUGAUUUUGGUGAAGUCCCAAAAGGUUGCCCCCUGUCCUACCAAUGCCCUGUACCAUCACCUAAAGAUUACAAGACUUUGGAUGAUGCCCCCUCUCGACCACUUUUUCCAAUGUCCUUUUACAGACUGGAGCCAGUGUCGCGUCUUCCUAAUCUCAGUGCCCAGGAACAGGAACAUGUGACAGUGAGGCAGAUCACCUGGGACGCAGCACACAUUCUGGAGCUCUCCACACGUGAAUGCAAGGAGCCUGCAGAGGAGCUGUGCAAACUGCGCUUGACCAGCCAUUUCAAGGAGAUCUGCAAACUCAAACCAGGACAGGACCACGCGGAGCGCCUGAUAUCGAAAAUGCACAAUGGAUUCCCCAGGUGCAAGUCGGCGCUGAUUGAGAAGAACAUGAAGACCGAAGCACUGAGGGAAUACUGUCGGCAUCUAUGUUUGAACUGGUACCCCUGUGGUUUAGUUGUCCACCCAAAUGCUCCGUGGUUGGGGGCGCUGCCUGACGGGCUGGUGUACGACCCCAAUGAGAAUCCCACUUUUGGGCUGGUGCACGUGAAAUGUAUCGAGUACAGAAGUUUUGUCGACUGCAGUUUCCUGGUCUGCUGGGACGGAAUCUUGAAACUGAAUACGGGCCACCCGUACUACUGGCACAUCCAAGGGGAGAUGAUCGUGACGGGCACGUCGUGGUGUGAUCUGUUUGUCAUCUCCACAGACGACAUGCUCGUUCAGCGCAUCUACCGGGACAAAAUUCUCAUCAAGUACAUGAUGACUAAGUUACACAAUUUCUUUUUUUGUUACUACCUGCGGAGUCUGUUAUCCACUUGUGUCACAGCUUGAGUUUCUGUGGCGUCGUCACACUGCUGUUGAAACAUCUGCAUUUUGUUCCCCUCAGCUGGUUAGUGAAAGAUUUAAAACGAAAAAAGUAGUACAUUUUCUGACCACCGAUGUUCUACAAGCCUUAUCGAAUACAUAACUUUUGUUAUUGGUUCCAUCAAGUGUUUUAUUUGUCAUUAAAGUAUCUUUUCAUCA